GUUUUGCAUUGAGCAUCGCGGCAUUGCAGCGUGGAGAGAAGCGUCGAGCCGAAUUCAACGUGAUCGCGCUUUUAUAAUGCGUUUAGUACUCUGGACGUGAGCUGAAUAAUUAACACCAUGGAUCUAAUUACGAAGUUGUGCUCUUUUGUCGCCAGUGUGCAAACAUUGAUCCACGGAUGGCACGAAAAUGGGAUCCCAGGUGCGAGGAUAUGAAGAAAGAAUUUUGAACUCAGAAUCAGAGGUCAUGCCGCCGGGCCGCUGAAAGAGUUUUUGCGCUUCGACACUCCAGCAUGCCGUCAUCAUCCGCUGCACGAAAGAUCCAACGCGCCUUGGUUGCGAUCAAGAUUACGCUGAACCGGAAAUCGUGAAGAUGCGACGAAAAAAGUCCGUCGCACGGAGGCCUUUCAGGAGUGAUUGUUCUAUUUUGCAUCUCUACUCGUCUCGCAAGCAAUUUAUGCACAAACUGUGAUAUGAGGUUGCUUGCUGUGACGGUGUGGGCAUUCGUUUGCGUGACACUGCUGGGAGUUUUAGCGUACAGUAUGCUGCUGUGGAGCCAGUAUUGGAGGUGGGCUACUCCGCGCAACACCGGAGUGCGAGCGGCGGCACCACGAAGGCGGUCGCACUUGUCCAGAGGAUACAGCAACGCUUCGAUGGGUGGUGGUGUGCUACAGCCUCAUAGAAUGGCUCCAUUGCCUAAGGACAAGCUUUUCGCCAAGGUGGAGGCGUACCGGGUGCAGCUGGAGCGCCAGCUGCGCCGCGCCCAGUGGGACAGCGUGCGUCCCGUGGGCGCCGGGGGCCGGCCGGCGUCGGACCGCUACGGGCUGCGGCCCAGCAGGCGCAAGCCGGCCCGCUUCGCGCCCGCCGACCAGCUGCUGGCCAGGGCCAGGGCUCUGCGCAUGGGCAUGCUGACCAGGGACACGGAGCCGUUUAAGCGGAUGGGUUACAGCCAGUACUUCCCUCCUACGGACUUCUACGCGAAUCAGUUCAACUCCUGCGCUCUGGUCUCCAGCGCGGGAUCUAUGCUCGGCUCCAAGCUUGGACCGGAGAUUGACGGGCACGAGACCGUGCUGCGCUUCAACGACGCGCCCACGGCGGGCUUCGAGGCCGACGUGGGGGCGCGCACCACGGUGCGGCUGCUCAACUCGCAAGUGCUGGCGCGCCCCGAGUUCGACUUCUUCAACUCGGCUCUGUACCGGAACGUGACCCUGGUCGCCUGGGACCCGUCGCGCGACCGUCAGCCCCUCGACAAGUGGGUGGAGCAUCCCGAGUUCGACCUGUUCCCGGCGUACUGGCUGCGUCGCGAGGUGCUUCCGGACGAGCCUUUCUACCUGCUGCACCCGGACUCGGUCUGGGAAGCCUGGCACUUCCUGGACAACGAGAACCCGGGGCCCGUGCUCAGGAACCCGCCGUCCAGCGGAUUCCUCGGGCUUCUCCUGCUGCUCAAACAAUGCCGUCACGUGGACGCCUACGAGCUUGUUCCCUCGAUGCGGCUGACCAAGCGCUGCCACUACUACGAGGUGCACGAGGACCUGGGCUGCACCCUGGGGGACUGGCACCCGCUGGCCGCCGAGAAGCUGCUCGCGCUGCACCUCGCCUCGUCCUCGGUGCACGCCCUCGAGCAGGCGUUUGCCAGGGGAACGCUGCCGCUCAGCACGCGCGACGGCGAGCCACGCGGGGGCUGAGUCGACGAGCGCUGCCGUGCCACUCACGCGCGAAGGCUCGCCCGGCUGCCCGUCGCAAGAAGGUGCCAUCUACCACGUCUGUGCGAUCCACCGCUUAUUUUGUUGGAGGUGCUGAGGCCGACUAGAGUGAGUUGUGGUCAGGGAUGGUCUGCAUAUACGCCUACAGUUUGGGUUCGCUGGCGAAGGUUCUUAAGAUGCGAACAGCGCAAAUGAGAGGGAGGACAAGACGGGACACACACAGUUGCCCAAGUGCACGAAGACGACCCCAGCGAAAACAAACGCUAGUGGUAACAUGUGUCGACUCACCGAGGAAGUGUAGCAAGCUUGUUUUCUCAGAAGCCGGAGGACCGGACACCAUUUCUGACCCCUCUUCAUCCGAUGCAAGAACCGCGUUUGUUCAAUAUGCGUUACUGAAAUGGGGCCUAGCCUAUCGAAGGUAUGGAGCGCAUGCCUUUAGGAAGGACCAGAUUUUAUAUGCAGCGUGUGAGCAUACUUUAAUCCAAAGCAAGUAUGGGCAGCGUUAAUCGAAAACUAAAUUACUUUAAUAUGGGCUUUUGUCUUCUUAAACUCCAUGGCGGCAUUGUAGUGGACAUGCGUGAGCUGCAGUAGUACAUAGGCGAAAGAAACAUCCUGACGCGUACGGUUACGACCACUUGUAGCUAAUUUAUAUGCUUUGGUGGAUGUUUAUACAUUACCGCAACUCCGUCGACCUUGUCUUGCUCCAUAUCGUGCCGCGAAGUCAACAGCCUUGGUGAGCUAGUGGCUACGGCCACUAAUGUCAUUAAUUUGAAUCAUUCACUUUCAAGUUUCUAUACAGUCGCACCUGUGUCCUUCCUUGCACGUUCCAAUGAAAUUUCACACUGUGCUCAAUGUGUGCCCAUGUGCAGCUUACGUUAAUCUAAGUUGGCUCAUAAUUGUGAUGGACGAAAAGAAACAGAGCAAACGAGCAUACUUGUGCUGUGCCGUCGCGUAUUGUUGAAGUUUGACCACACGUUCAGAGAAUAAAUACUGCCCUCGAACCACACUAAAGGAAACGCGCUAAGAAUGAAAAAGGAAAUGGGGAUGAAAUAUUAGUGGCUGAAGUUUGAUGUGGCUAUUCUUAUGUUAUCGCAGGCACGAUAAAUAUUUUAUACUUGAAACAAAUGUGUUAUGUAAUUAGCGUCCUUACUGUAAAAGAAAGCGCGUUUUAACUUUCAACUUCA